AUGGACAAUCAGGAAUAUUUGGAAAGAUUAGCGCCUUUUAAAGAAGGAUUAGAGGAUAAUAGACGUGACCCCGAAACUAAUAAAAAGUAUUACUUAGUAGAAAAUGGUGAUGUCAAACGGAAUUUCGAUAUUGAAGGUACAAUAAAGCGAGUUCGGCAUUUGGAUGGUGUUAGUUCGUUAUAUCGUUAUUUUAUUGAGCGGAAAGCGAAAAAAGACUCCAGAUUUGAGCAAGUUUUGAAAUCGCUUAAUGACCCAAGCACUAACAAGAAGAAUGGAAGACAUGAAGAUAAGAGACGGCGAAAGACUGAACGUGAGGAAGAUGCUGAGUUGUUGAAGGGCGAAGACGAGUUAGAGGAUGAAGAAAAUACUGAAUUUCUCUUUCGGGACUCUCCAGGGUAUGUCAACGGUAAAUUAAGGCCAUAUCAAGUUCAGGGUUUGAAUUGGUUAAUUUCUUUACACAAGAACAACAUAGCAGGAAUUCUAGCUGACGAGAUGGGACUUGGCAAAACAUUACAGACAAUUUCCUUUUUAGGAUACUUAAGAUAUGUGGAAAGGAAGCCUGGCCCAUUUUUGGUGAUUGCACCAAAAUCUACAUUAAAUAACUGGUUAAGAGAGAUUAAUAGGUGGACUCCAGAGGUUAGUGCAUUUAUAUUACAAGGUGACAAGGAAGAAAGAGCUCAAUUAUUACGUACUAAGCUGCUAACAUUCGAUUUUGACAUUGUUAUUGCUUCUUAUGAGAUCAUUAUAAAGGAAAAGGCUUCAUUCAGAAAAAUUAACUGGGAAUAUAUUGUCAUUGACGAGGCUCAUAGGAUUAAAAACGAGGAGUCCAUGUUGUCGCAGGUUUUAAGAGAGUUCACCUCCAAAAAUAGACUGUUGAUUACUGGUACUCCGUUACAGAACAAUUUGCAUGAGCUUUGGGCUUUGUUAAACUUUUUGCUACCUGAUAUUUUCUCAGACUCUGAGGCAUUCGACGAGUGGUUUUCUUCUGAAUCAUCCGAGGAGGAUAAAGACAAGAUUGUUAAGCAGUUACAUACCAUAUUGCAGCCAUUCUUAUUGAGACGUAUCAAAAAUGAUGUAGAGAAGUCAUUGCUCCCCAAAAAAGAGCUAAAUUUGUAUGUGGGAAUGUCAAAUAUGCAAAAAAAAUGGUACAAACAAAUAUUGGAAAAGGAUCUAGAUGCAGUCAAUGGUGUCAAUGGUACUAAGGAAUCCAAAACUAGAUUAUUAAAUAUCAUGAUGCAGCUGAGGAAAUGUUGCAAUCAUCCAUAUUUAUUUGAUGGUGCUGAACCAGGUCCCCCAUACACAACGGACGAACAUUUGGUGUACAAUUCUGCAAAGGUAAAGGUGUUGGACAAACUGUUGAAGAAAUUGAAGGAAGACGGCUCUAGAGUAUUGAUUUUUAGUCAAAUGUCUAGAUUGUUAGAUAUAUUAGAGGAUUAUUGUUAUUUUAGAGGAUACGAGUAUUGUAGAAUUGAUGGUUCAACAGCUCAUGAAGAUCGUAUUCAGGCUAUUGAUGAGUAUAAUGAACCUAAUUCCAAAAAAUUUGUCUUUUUGCUUACUACACGUGCGGGUGGUCUCGGUAUUAACUUAACCACCGCGGAUGUUGUUAUUCUCUAUGAUUCUGAUUGGAACCCACAGGCAGAUCUACAGGCUAUGGAUAGGGCUCAUAGAAUUGGCCAGAAGAAGCAAGUGAAAGUUUUCCGCUUAGUGACCGAUAAUUCGGUAGAAGAAAAGAUUUUAGAGAGAGCUACUCAGAAGUUAAGGCUAGAUCAGUUGGUAAUCCAACAAGGUCGUACUUCCGUUGCGAAGAAAGAUAAUGCUAAGGAUUCCAAGGAUGCUUUGUUGUCAAUGAUUCAACACGGUGCUGUUGAGAUGUUCAAAAGCACAGACAAUAGCGCUUCCUCCACUGCAAAGGGUACUCCGCAACCUGAGUCGGGCGAUGUCGAUGGGGACCUUGAUUUAGAAGCUUUACUGUCAAAAUCCGAAGAUAAAACGAAAUCUUUGAACCAAAAAUAUGCUGCUUUAGGUUUGGAUCAGUUACAAAAGUUCAAUCGUGACUCCGCGUAUGAAUGGGAUGGUCAAGACUUCAAGAAGAAGGUUAGCAAGGAUAUUGUCAGCCCGCUAUGGAUAGAACCUACAAAGCGUGAACGUAAGGAAAACUACUCUAUUGAUAACUAUUACAAGGGCGUAUUGAAUACUGGAGGCGGCAGAGCCAGCCAGGUUGCAGUCCCUAGGAUGCCUAAACCUCAGCCGUUUAACAGUCACCAGUUACUUUCACCUCAAUUAAAACUCUUAUACGAGAAGGAGCGUAUGUGGACAGCGAAGCGCACUAAAUAUACGCCUACAAUGGAAGACGUUAAAACCACAUAUGGCGAGCUGGGUAGCGAAGAAGAAAAGAAAGCUAAGCUAGAGCUGUUAAAACUUGCGGUUGCAAAUGCAGAGGUUCUUACUGAAGAAGAGGAGAAGCAAAAAGCCCAAUGGGAAAGUGAAGGCUUUCAUAAUUGGAAUAAGCUGGAAUUUCGACGUUUCAUCACUGCUAGUGGAAAAUACGGCAGGAAUUCAAUAAAAGCCAUUACAAUGGAACUCGGGGGCACUAAAACCGAAGAAGAGGUACGCAGUUACGCUAAGGCCUUUUGGCAGAACUUGGAAAGGAUUGAAGAUUACGAAAGAUACGUCAAGUCAAUUGAGACUGAAGAGGAGAAGAUUAGGCGUGUUAAGAUGCAACAGGAGGCACUCAGACGUAAGAUGAGUCAAUGCACCAAUCCCCUUUUCGAUCUUUCAUUAAAGCAUCCUCCAUCAUCCAAUAACAAGCGAACCUUCUCAGAAGAGGAGGAUAGGUUCAUUCUUCUGAUGCUUUUUAAGUAUGGGCUAGAAAGGGAAAAUGUCUACGAUCUGAUUCGAGAUGAGAUUCGCGAAUGCCCCCUUUUCGAGCUAGACUUUUACUUCCAGAGUAGGACUCCAGCAGAGCUUCAACGUCGUGCUUUUACUCUCUUGCAGUGCUUGGAAAAGGAAUUCAACGCUGGUUUAGUGAUGGACGAUGCGUUGAAGGAGCGCAUGAAGGAAGAAGAUUUAGCCGCUGAAAAACAAAAGCACGAGGAGGAACUCGCAGCAGAGAAACUAAAACUCGAGGAAGAAGAAAAUGCAGCUGCAACUUCGGCAGUUGAAGUCAGUUCACCCACUAGAGAUCAUGCAGCUGAACCCGAUGCCAAGAGAAUAAAAGUAGAGUAG